AUCUCCUUCGUGCUGCCUUCUACUUUCCCAAUGAGAAAUACAAAUGGCUGCAGACACUGAGGGGAUUCUGAGACCAGAAUUUCUGGAGGGGAGGCUGAUGUGAGUGAGUGCCACCCUGGGGCAUUUUCCCUGGAGGCCGUGCAGGUGAUGCGAGGCAUCAGCAAACCUCUGCUUCUGCCCGCAGUCCCCUCGUGACAGCCGGUAGGUGUUUCUCGGUGCUUCCUCCACCCUCUCCACCCCAGCUGUGCCUUUGUUAGCACGAGGAAGGAGCUCAGCCCUCUGCCUGCAGUGCUUGCUAGGCCUCGCAGAGCUGCAGGCGCGGGGUGAUGAGGCUGGGCUGGGGGGGCUGUUCUGCCACGACCCCGUUGGCACUAACGGGACAGCCUCCCUGCCUACCUGGACCUGCUGGCUUUUCUGCAGGAUUCCUGCCUUACCUGGCAUCAGGGAGGCUCGGGGAUCUGACCAGCUUUUCAGCCAACGUGGACACAGAGAAGCUGUGUGAUUAUUUCUCAGCAUAUCUUGGAGAGUACAGGAACGUGCUUUCUGCUCUGGAAACGCUCAACUCUGCUGUCCUGGCAGCCAUGGACAAAACCAAGCUGAGGUACGAGACCUCCUCCAAGACGGAGCAGUUCCUGACCCGCUUCCUGCUGCGGGAGACCAUGCACCAGCUGCAGUCCCUGCAGGGCUCGCUCGAGUGCGCCGUGGACACCAUGGAGGAGCAGGCGGGGAGGGAGAGGAAGGACGUGAAGAAGUCGGAGAGCUCCGUGGGCCUGAGGUCAGGGAGGCGGUGUGGGCGCAGAGGGCAGAAGAACGUCUGUCUGUCCCCGACGGACCCCUACUCCGGGAUGCUGACCACAGGCAUUUGCGUCGAAGCUGACAGCCAGUGGAUGGCCCAGAUCAGCAGGCUCCAGCAGCUCAUCGAGAAACUGGAGUGCAAGAGCCCACGCCUGGAGCCCCUGAAGGAGGACGCAGCGAGCAAAGGAAGGGAUGAGCACAUCCUGGUGGCCAAGAGGCAGAUCUCGGUGGCCAAGAGCGGCGUGGAGGAGUUCCGCCAGGCCUUCAGGUCCUACACCGAGGUCACCGCGGGGCAGAGCAGCUGCCUGCACGUGUCUGCCUGCAAGCUGACGGACGAGGCCUGCUUCAUCCUCUACGAGUUCUGGCAGGACGUGACUUCGUGGAGGAGCCACUUGCAGUCCAGCUACAGCAAGAGCUUCCAGCGCGCCAUCAUCAGCCUGCUGGAGUCCCCGGAGCUGCUGACCACCAUGCUCUUCCCAGCAUCCUGGUGGAUCAUGAACAACAACUGACCCCGGCGACCAGCAGCUCCCAGGACGCAGCUGGCAGGCAGAAGGAUGCAGAGCCCCCUGCACAGCCACCGCCAGUCGCUAGCGUUUGUCACCUCCGCCUCCCUGCCCUGCGGCUCCUGCCUCGUGCUCGCCUCCCGCAGCCCGGGGGCUGCCUGCCCCUCAGCUCUGGCAGUUCGACCCUUCUGCUCGUUUCGCGUGAUUUAUUUAUUCCUCUUCCUCCUGGUGCCCAGGACAGCGUGCAGGGAGGGGCUGGGGGACGUGGCACGGCAAGGGUGGCUCUGGCCCGCUGUCACAGCCCCGUCCCUCACCCCUCAGAGCCACCCUUGGGGGAGCAGUGGUUUUGUCCGGGGAGCUGGGCUGGCUUGUGCUGUGAAGAGUGUUUUAUAGGAGAAAAAAAAAAAAAAGAUUCAGCAAAGGCAA